UAUUAUGCAAUUUUUAUUAAAAAUAUGUGUCUUAUCAAUUAUCAUAAAAUGUACAGUCAGUGAACUUCAAUGUUUGUCUUCGAAUAGAAACGUAGAUAAAUGUCAAGAUUGGAAAAAAAUGUCUGUACUCGUGGCCGAUCUAGUGGGUAGGUCAAUCGUCAAUGAUAAAGUAGGAACAAAAUCUAACAUGUUAACGCUGUUAAUUCGUGCUGCAUCGGGUGUUAUCGGACAUGGCACCAAUGCUCUAAAAACUCUUAUAGUAAACGGAUUGGUACUUCUGACGAAAACUAUUAUAACGGUUUCUGAUUACGGAACAACCAAUUACAGAGGUACUAGCCAAAAGACUAAGAGCCUUCCCGAUGGCCGUCCGAUCGACUGGAUCAUGAAUAAUCCAUAUAUAAAAUCAAUGAUGGAUGAUGCGACUGACGAAUCGUUGCCAGAUCUAUUGAUCGAACAGUUGGCAUCGGGAAUGCCAUGUGUUCAGUUGCUGCUCUGUCGCUUGUCGCCAAUCAUACACUACAUGCAACGUCGGGUAAAGGAGAGUAGGCGCGGCCGGUCCAAAGAAUGGGUGGCGUGGAAUGUGUCCGACUGGCAGCAAGUCAAAGGGAACGCGAAGCAUUGCUCGGAAAAACAUUACGACUGCGCGAAAAUGAUUAAACUGAAUAAUUCGUCCCGGUGAUGCAAAUCGUAUGACAUCGGCAAACGUUAAUCCUGCUACGUGGUGACAUUUCUGUUCAAAAUUCGUAUUCAACAAAAGUAUUAUUUAUCAAAUUAAAAAGUAAUAAUAUUGGGUGUAGCCGUGUAGGUACUUAUAUACUAUACCUAUAUAAUAAUAUAUAUAUAGCGCCGUAAUGUGAGGGGAGUGAGUCAUUACUGCUUUGGGUGGAACAUUUUAAAUCAAUUAAUUAUUUUAUACUUAAUUUUAUAAAUAAUAUUAAAAAUAGUGGGUAAUAGCUUUUAAGCUUUAUAAUAUUUCCGAGAAGGUGACCAAUUACCAAAUAUGGUGACAAAAAUCUUAAAUUUUAAAGCCCUUGUAGGGCGUAGGCUCUUAUUAUUAUAGGCAGUGAAUAAUUAAUAAAUGUGUACACAAUCCGACAUGGUGUAUUUAUUGCUUUGUGUAUAGUGUAUAGUCUAUGUAUAAGUAUUAAGUACCUACACAUAAUAAUAAUGUAAUUCAAGAUGUAAUUUCACAUUUUUUCAUGGGAUGCAAAACCAAUAUUGAAAAUCUAAAGUAAUACCAAAGUCAUUGUAAUUAACAAGUGUGUCAAUAGGACGUGCAACCGUUGUUGCCUAUAUAGCUAAGCUAGUGGUUAGAAUACUGGCUUCUAUAGCUGGUACGCAUAUAGUUUUUGAAUUAGCCAUUAGGUAUAAAUUAUAAUUGUUAUUAUAUUAUAAUAUUAAACGAGCAUUUAUCAAAAACAUCACGUAGAUAUGUGUUUCUGUGAAACAGUACGAGCUUAUAAUUAUAAUUUAUUUAUGAAGGUAAUUCAAUAAAUGAAAAACAAUUUUAAUAUGAGCCUAUUGCGCACUUCUUUAAUUUUUAGUUUAAUAGAAUUAUUUUUCAAUCUUUUCUGUGGCGUUUUUUUGUUUUUGUUUGUGAUGUGAUGGGGAUUUAGCGCAAACUUAAGAUAGUAAUUUUCUUCUGUCUUUAGUAUCUACCUUCUCUCUAAAUCCAAAUGGACUGAAGAAUUUUUGUAGGUUUAUAUACCUAUUUGGCUAUAUUUAUAUAUAUAUAAUUCACUUCUUAGGGCCAACUUUACUCGGCCCCCACCCUCCCCCCAACGUCUUUGUCCGAUUGAUUUGAAAAUUCUGCUUAUUUUGCAUAUUAUUUGUUUUAAGAAUAUGCAAAUCAAUACUUUUUGUUUUGGUGAAUUAUAUAAGUUUUUUACUAGCUCCCGAAACGAUUUUUACUUGAUAAUAUUUUAAUGGCUUAUUUGGAAAUUCUAAAAACCAAUAAUUUUUAGUUAUUAUUUAUUUAU